CACAAAUGGCCAUUACCCUCGAGGGCAGCAGUGUGCGAGCUGGAGUCAAAAGCAGUCUGCGUGCCAGGUUUAGCUUUAGGGACAUCAUUGUGUCAGGUUACCACGCACUGAAGUUCAGAAGGAUGCAGCUUCCUAGAUGCCUGCUGUAGAAUCUUCCUGUGCCAAUUUGUGUCUGUCUCACCAGCUCCUGUGCCACAAGGAAGAACAUUCAAAUUUCCAGCAGAAUCAGCCUUUUGCUGCUUCAGCUUUAGCAAGGCUGGUCACAGCAGGUUCAGAGGAGCACCAAGGAAGAGCCUGAGGAGGGAGGGAGUGGGGCCACAUCCUUCAGCAGCAAGCAGCCAUCACCUUGGCUUUGCCAUCAGCAGUUGCAGAAGGAAUAUGAAGCCUACCACAGAGGCAGAAGGUUGAUAGAUUGGGAGUUCAGAGAUCCCUUUAAAACAACCCAGAAUUAACUUCUACAUCUAGCUACAGAAGAAGGAAGGGCCAGACCACAAGAGUUGUAGGCAUCCUCACAGACUUUAAUUUCUUAAACAUCUUUCCAGCUGAGCAGGGAAUUCUGUGAUCUUCUGUGUCUUGAAAGCAGGGACAGGCUGUCUGAGGAGAGCAGGCUCUGGCUGGAGAGAGAAUGCUCAGGAUGCCCAGCUGCCUCCUAAAGCUGAGCAGGGUGGUGCUGAGCCACAAGCCCUGGGCCCUGUUUACCCUCAUCUUUGUCUUCGUAUCCUUUGCCUACAUCAAGCUGUAUUUGGGCAUCUGGGAGGACCCAGAGAGCAGAGUCCCCACCUAUGGCUUGUCUGCUGAGAUCAGCUGUGCUCACUAUGUGCCUUCUGCCUUCAACAUCACCCAUAGACCCUCUCCUUCUGCAGGAAAUGUGUUUUUUGUGGAGACCUCUAAGCAAACUACCCCAAGUUACCUGUUCUCAUGCUCUGUGGAGUCAGCAGCCAGGACACACCCUGCAUCAAGAGUCGUGGUGCUCAUGAGAGGCUUGGCCAAAGAGAAUGCCUCCUUACCCAAGCACUGGGCUUUCUCCUUGCUGAGCUGCUUCCCCAACGUGGAAAUCCGACCCCUGGACUUGAUGGAGCUCUUUUCUGGAACACCUCUGAAAAGAUGGUACUUGUGGCCUCUGCGGCACUGGGAGCCUUAUUUUUUCCCUGUCCUGUCUGACGCCUGCAGGAUUGUCCUCAUGUGGAAAUUUGGUGGCAUUUACCUGGAUACAGACUUCAUCGUGCUUAGGAACUUACAGAACCUCACCAAUGCCCUUGGGAUUCAGGAUUAUGAUGUACUGAAUGGGGCCUUUCUGUCCUUCAAGCCCAAGCACAAAUUUAUGAAGCUCUGCAUGCAGGACUUUGUGCAGGACUACAAUGGCUGGGUCUGGGGGCACCAGGGCCCAGAGCUCCUAACUCGUGUCUUCAAGAAGUGGUGCUCCAUCCGGACUAUUGAGAGCAUGAGCUGCCGAGGUGUGAGGGCUCUUGCCCCAGAAGUUGUUUAUCCUAUUCCCUGGCAGGGCUGGAAGAAGUUGUUUGAGGCAGUCAGUGCCUCAGAGUUUCACAAACUCCUUGAGAACACCUAUGCAGUGCACAUAUGGAACAAACUGAGCCAUGAGACCAAGCUAGAGAUCCCCUCCCAGGCUCUGCUGGCUCAGCUCUAUUCCCAGUUCUGCCCUGCCACCUAUACAAAGAUGAAACAGGACUCUGAGCAGCUGUCAAGGCGUGCAGUGUGACCUGUGGGCCCUUGGCUGCAGGGAUGUUCCCCAGACUGAAGGAAACUGAGUGCCUUUGACCCUCCCAAAAGCUGGUUCCUAGACCCCAGAGCAGGUGUUUGUGUGACAGCUCUCUGGUUUUGUGCCUAAUAUCCCUGGUAUCUGCCUCAGAUCCUCUGUGUUUCAAAUUUACAGCAGAACCUGAGUUCAGCCUCUCUUGCUGUCCUUUGUGAGACCUGUUGCUGCAGGGAAGGUUGAACUUGUUCAUCAGCAUCUCUCAGCUGCUCCUCUCUUGGUGUUCUCCAAUGGCUCCUCCUGUGGAUCCCAGGCUGAGCAGCCCCUUGUGAUGUUUCAACAGCUGUAAGGAGCCUUAACUUGCUCUCUGUGGCAUUUCUGAGUCUGUAAAUCACUGUCAGGCAGUGCCAAGGGGCACAGUUUGCUGGAGCUCAGAACAGAACUCCCUGGGUGGCAGAGAUCCUUUACUCCUGGGGAUAUACAUGAAGAGUAUAUGAAAAUUGCCUUAAGAAGCAGAAAACAUUUUAAAUCCCUGUGUGGCUCUGUGUGAAGCUAGUCGAAACUUCUGAAGUGAGAAAAGUUCAAAUGAUACUUCCUAUGUUUCCAAUUCCACAGCAGAGGGAUGACUUUUCUGGGACUCCUCAGGAAAACAAAUAAACAAAACAAUUCUUUUAGGAGGGGAAAUUAUAAAGAUCCUUGCUCUGCUGAAGUGAUUCUUGUAGGAUACCAACAUCUAACCAGCCAUUGUCACACUCUGAAAAAUCUCAGCAUUGCCUGUUUCUGCAGUGCUGUGAGGCCAAUUACAUCCCUUUCAUUGGAAUAUUGAGCCCAUUGUGGAAGUCCAGAGUAUGACAUGUCCACAUCAACAGAAGGUCCAGGGCUCAGAGCAGUGCUCCCAGGGACAAAAGUAAAAACUCGGAAGCACAUGAAGGUGGGAAAAGACCUCCAGGAUCAUUGUGUCCAACCUUCAAUUCAGUAUCACCAUACCCACUAGCCUUUAUCCCAAAAUGCCAUGUGUAGUCAUUUUUUGGAGCACUUCCAGGAAUGGUGACUUCACCACUUCCCUGGGGAGCCAGUGGCACACAGUGCUUAAGCACUCUAAGUUUUUACCUCAUAUCCAAGCUGGACCUACUGUGGUGCAGGGACUGCUGCACCCAGCCCUGGGCCCAGCACAGGAAGGACAAGAGAAGAGACACCAAGGGAUCAGAGGGAUGGAGCAGCUCUGCUGGGAGGAAAGGCUGAGGGAAUUGGGAUUGUUCAGCCUGGAGAGGAGAAGCUUUGGGGUGACCUCACUGUGGCCUUGCAGUGCCUGAAGGGAGCCACAGGAAAGAUGGAGAGAGACUCUUGACAAGGGCCUGGAGUGACAGGACAAGGGGAAAUGGCUUCACACUGACAGAGAGCAGGGUUAGAUUGGAUAUGAGGAAGAAAUUGUUCCCUGUGAGGGUGGUGAGGCCCUGGCACAGGUUUCCCAGAGCAGCUGUGGCUGUCCCAUCCCUGGAAGUGUCCCAGGCCAGGCUGGAUGGGGCUCUGAGCAACCUGGGAUAGUGGAAGGUGUCCCUGCCCAUGGCAGGAGGGAUGGAAGAAGAUGAUCUUUAAAGUCCCUUCCAACCCAAACAGUUCUAUGUCCCUUUUUUCCCUGGUAGCAGAUUUUCCCUUCUCCUGUCCCUUGUUCCCUAGGAGCAGAGCCUGACCCCCCUGGCUGUCCCCUCCUGUCAGGGGCUGUGCAGAGCAAUGGCCCCCUGAGCCUCUUUUCCUCCAGGUUGAACCCCCCCAGCUCCCCCAGCCCCUCCUCAUGAGGUUUGUGCUCCAGCCCCUCAGUGUCCAUCUGCAGUGACAGGCCCAGAACUGGACACAGCACCUGGGGAGGGCUCAGCAGUGCCCAGGACAGGGGGAUGGACAGUCCCUGCCCUGCUCCUGCUGGCCACACCACUGCUGACCAGCCCAGGUGCCACUGGCCUUGCUGCCACCUGGGCACAGCCGGGCAGCAGCAGCCCCAGCCCUUCCCUGCUGGGCUCUUCCAGCCUCUCCUCCCCAGCCUGCAGCUGCUCAGGGCUGUGACCCAGGGCCAGGACUGAGCACUUGGCCUUGUUGAGCCUCAAAGAUGUGAAACAGGACUGGCCCUGACAGUGGGCCCUGGGGCACAGCACCUGUGACAUGCUGCCAGCUGGAUUAAUUCCACCACCACUCCCUGGCCCGGCCCUCCAGGCAGUUUUUUUUCCCAGCAAACAGGGAACCUGUUAAAUCUGUGAGCUGCAAGGACAAUGCUCUCCUGAGAACUCUGUGGGAGCAGUGAUCACAGGCUUUACUGAAGGCUCAGGUACACGACACCCACAGCCUUUCCCCAUCCAUGAGGUGUUCAUAGGAGGAGGUUGGGUCAGUCAAGCAGGACCUGCUCAAACCCGUGCCUGAUGCACACAUUGUGUGAUUGCACUCCAGGUCAUCUGUUCCACCCCCUUCCCUGGCACCGAGGUCAGGCUCACAGGCCUGUGGUUCCCCCAUUUGUCCUUCCAAGCCUUCUCAUAGAUGAGUGUCACUUUGGCCAACCUCCAGUCACCCAGGAGAUCUCCAGUUAAUCAGGACUGCUGAAAAACAAUGGAGAGUGGAGCUUCAUGAGCUGCUUCACCAGCUCCCUCUGUAGCCUUAUGGGGAAGGAUGGCUUCUCCCUAGACUUGUGCAUGUCUGGGCAGCACAGCAGCUCAUGAACAAUUUCCUGCUGCAGUGAGGACUUCAUUCUGCUCCCUGUCUUCCAGCUCUGGAUAUGCAGAGGAUAACUGGGCUUUGGUUAAAGGCUGAGGUCAGGAAGGCAUUGAGUACCUCAGCCAUUUCCUCACUGCUGGAGGUCGUGUUCCCACCCCAGCAUGCAAUAAAGGAUGGAGAAUCUC